CUCCAUGGUUACUCAAUACAAAAAUUAUAGUGAAAUAAUUAUCACCAAGGUAAAUGUAUUGAUAAUCAAAUAACUAAAAUAGACUGAAAGUAAAUAUGAAUAAAAAUCAUGUUGAAAUUGACGAAAUGAAAGUCACAUUUAAUUGAUAUGUGAAACUAAGAUUGAUAAUUUGUAGGUAUCAGUGCCAAGGUUUGGCUUGAUAGUUUCAAAUAAAUCGAGCACAAAUUAAUACAAUGAAAGGUUAUAGAAAUUCACUUUGAUAAAAAAAAUAACUUAACAUUGAUAUAUUCAGACGUAUUAUGAUUUUAAUUGAACUAAAAAUAUUUUAGAUUAUUCCAUUUGGACUAUUUACACUUGUGUUGAUUUUGUUUCGGUUAUUUACUUACUCUGAAGAGGUAGCUUACAUUAAGUCACGAAACGUCAGAAAUACAAUUUCCUACUCACUGGGGUAUCACAAACAGUAUGUUUAUUAAUAAAAUUAAUUUUCUUUUCCAUAUGUUGUAUUUGGGGAUAUAGUAUUAUCAACAACGUAUUAUAUAUUUGUGUGUUGUUAUUUUAAAGACAGUUUAUAUGUAAUUGUUACAAACUAUUUGAAAGUAAGAAGGAAAAACUGAAUGUAAGAAUUACAGAAGUGUUAAGGCUGAAAACAAUAUCAGCUAUACCUGGCGUCACUCUGUUACGAUACGUGUCAAGCGUCUUGUAUUCAAGAUCUUACAGCUUAUAUUUGGAACGGUGACCACUCAGGUUAACACGGAGCGAAAUGCAAACACCGAGACUAGGUGUAAAUGAAAAUUUAUUCAAUUUUCGAAAAUAGUUUCCCAAAACAAGUUCAAAAGCAUGCAAUCCCUAAACCAAAUACACUCGUUUUUAUUCUGAUUUCACCCACACACACAUAUGAUGACCAGUUAAUAAAUAUCAUACCAAUGAAAAUAUAGACAGGGUUACUUUAAAACAUGUACAAAGUUCACCCAGAAUUAUACGGAAAAUAUAACUAUCACACCGGGCGAAUGUCCUGGUAUGUUUGAGGAGAUUACAAGAUUACCUAAUCAGCGAAAGGAACGAAGGGUCAGUGACACAACAAUAAGACAAGUUUAACUAUUCCGAUGCUUCCCAGCCCCGCCAACUAGGAGGAGAAGACCUGGUUUAGAUGAGGGGAAGGUAUAUUCUACAAGCAUCUAAAAGCACAGACAAAACAAGCACACAACUCUCAAGCGUAUAUAUACGGGAUGGGAAUGUCCUUGGGAGACGUCACAAAUUAGCGUACUGAAAGAGAAAACGAACCAAUGACACUUAGGGUCCUUCCAAGCGGGAAAUACAACCUGAAGGUAAAGAUGAGCGCUUUCGGCACGAAAACGGGAAAUUCAAGUUUCCAAAAUAAAAUGACUAAAGUACGACAUUUACCAAGUAAUUUCUGAGGAUUUAACAUGCCCAACAUGUUCAUACAUGUUUUACUGAACGAUAUUUACACCUAACUGAUACAAAUAUAUUGACUGUGAAUAAUGUUACAUAAGAAAAUAUAAACUCAAUAUCAUGCUAACUUAAGUGUUACACUGAGAAUAAAAUUAAUGUCGUGACAUGUUACACCAAGUUAGAUGAAACGUGAACUUAUCCUAAACUUAUCAAUACGGGUAUCUUAUCAGAUGAUUAUUUAGGAAUUAUGGAUAGAGUAAUGUGCUAGUAAUAAGUAAUUAGUCACCCAUCGCAAACAUUUACUGAUAGGACCCUAUUUUUCACUUUCCAUAACCUGUUCAUAUCAUUUUAUCCUAUUAAUGAAGGAUUGUUGACUCAGAGUAUUGAAAAAAAACCCAACUUGUUUUGUGAACUCAAACGUAACUUUAUCUACGUAGGGAUGACCAUCACUAAGCCUUCAAACAAACUACACGGUUUGACGUGAACUACAUUAUCUUACUUUUCAUUCUAAGAAAAACUGUAUGCCAUCAGUUGUUUAGUCAUUAGUUUAAAAUAUAUUCGGAGAUAUUUUGACCGGAGAAAGUGACACAGAUUAGAAAGUCCGAAGAAACAUGUUGAGACACGCAUCAAACAACACAGUUCAACAAACUAGAGAUAAAUCGAACACAAUGGAUAUAAAAAAACUGAUCGUUAAUUUAUCUGAUAGAAAUCCGAAUGCCCACGAAAUUUCAUUGCUUCAAAAGGGACCCAAUUUCAACUUAAAUAGACUACAAUUAUCACCUUUCAAAAUUAUACGAGCGAUCGAACGAGCUUUGGAUGUACUUCCUAGUGAAACAGCGAAUGAAUUUAGGAAUAAAAUAAUGGUCAUGUUAUUACAUCAAAAACCAUAUAAUUCUAAUCUAAGUAAAAAUGAAUUAUAUGCAUUAAAACAGCUGAGAAAUGAUAAGACAAUUAUCAUUACGAGAGCAGAUAAGGGGCACACGACAGUUAUUAUGAACAACUCGGACUACGAGAGAGUCAGGGAACAUCCACAAGAGGACCCGUGUGAAUUAAUUAAAGAAACGAAAAGUCGAGCAACGCUUAAUAAACUUAAGGCUGAAGCCAGUAAAACCUUCCAGUCGAUAAAAAUCUAACUAGCACCGUCAUUAUGGUUCAUAUUAUAUCCAAAGAGUUGUAACCCUUGUAGAUUCUAUGGACUUCCAAAUAUUCAUAAGAACAAUACUCCACAAAGACCAGUGGUUGAUUUUACAAAUACACCGACAUACAAUCUAGCGAACUACUUAGCUAGGAUACUUAAACCAUAUGACAAAUUAAUUAAUCAUAGAAUUAAAAACUCUAUUAAGUUCAGGAAUAAUAUCGAUAACAUCCAUAUAGAAGAGGAUGAAAUGAUAGCAAGUUUUGAUGUAUUUUCCUUAUUUACUAAUGUACCGAUCAAUAGAGCAUUGAAUAUUAUUUAUGACAGUUUAGAAUCUGACUCAGAUUUGAAUUUACGAUACCCGUUAGAUUCAUCCGAAUUUAUUAAGUGCUUGGAAUUGUGGUUACGAUCCACGUUAUUCAUAUUUCAAGGAAAACUUUGCAUACAAAAAGGUGUAGCAAUCGGUUCUCCAGUUUCUCCGAUUGUAUUCAUGAAUUCCCUAGAAACCAAUGCGAUCACAAAAUGUGAAUAUCCACUAAAAGUCUGGUUGUGGUAUGUAGAUGACAUUUUUAUUAACAUUAAACGGAAUGAUUUUCAUGGAGUUUUGCUCUCUGAGCUGGAUGGUUUGGUCGUGGAGCUUUCAUCGUUCUUCUGAACGACAUCAUCAACAUAAACUUCAGAUAGAAGUGAAGUGUUCGAAUUUCUCCACAUAUGCUUCACAGCCUAACCUGUAGACCUCGAUAUUGAUUGGCUUUUGUUGACCUUAAACCUGUCAUUGUUUACUUCUUUGUUUUGGUUGUGUCUCCCAGUGAUUUGAUUUUGGUCCUAUACUUGUCCAUAAUUUUUCUGAUUGGUUGAUAAAUUGGAUCGAUUUCAAUGUGUUUGUUAACUGCUGAUUGACCCGAGUGCCAAGUUGGACGGAUACGUAAUAAUAAUAAGUUGAAAAUAAAUGUAUUCAGGAAAUCAACACAUUCUGAGAGAUACUUGGAUUAUGAUUCAGCUUAUACGUUUUUUAUGAGUCACUGAGAAAAGGAAGACCAACAGAUUGGAUUGAAUGGAGCUUUGUAUACGCUUAGCGAUAAC